AUGGCGAGGGAUCAGAAUGGUCAUCUGUUGUGGGCGGGUGGAAAAAAGAUUACUGCAGUAAGGUCUGCGAUUGAAGUAGAAGCAGAAGCAAUCCGAUGGGCAUCUCAGACUUUGGUUGGUUUUGGCUACAGCAGAUUUAUAAUUGAAACAGACUCCUUGAUGCUAUAUAAGAUGAUCAUUGGGGAGGAGGAAACUUGGCCAAAGCUACUGCCCAUUAUUCAGGAAAUCAAAGCCUUACUGACAGGGAAUCUAGAGGCUGGAGUGGGUUACUACCCUAGAAGUGGUAAUAAGACUGUAGAUAGAAUAGCGAGGGAGGCUACUACGUUUACGUCAUUUGUCCCCAAGUUGUAUUCUAUUGUGCCUUUAUGGUUGAAAUCUUGUUUAGAGUUUGAUAAGCUUUCUGUAAGAAACUGA